UUUUCACCCCCUUUUCCCUUUUGUUUUCCCCUCUCCGUCUCUGGGAAAGCAGCAGUUUUAGGGGGGAAAACAAGUGUGUGGAGCCAAGAGACAAAUCUGACCUCAGUUACAAGAAAGAGUAAAGAGUGGCUGUUCUCACCAACAUGAACACCAGUGAUCGGACAACCAACUUAACAUUCUUCUCCACCACAGAACACACCGUGUUCAAUCAAUCCAACGCCACAAUCUCGCUCCCAUCGUCCCAUUCUUUAGACAGCCAUGACCCACAAUUCACCAUUAUGCUGGUGCUGGGCUUAUCUCUGCUGCUCGCAGCGCUGGCCAUCUUCCUGGCAGUGUGCCGGCCCUCUGGGCAGCACGAGGACCGUGAGGCGGACUGUGGCCCAGGAGACAAACUGAAUGGCAGAAGAAGCCAGUCGAGCGAGCCACAGCUUAAGGUGUGGAAGAGGCUGGGCUCCUAUCGACGCUCCUACAAUCUCUCCUUCAGAAGACCCCCCUAUCGGAGGCCACGCGAGCAUGGGAACACAUGUGCCUCAACGACAGCUCAAGCAGGGGUCAGCAAGGAUCUGCAGCUCACUACGCCUUGUCUGCAUGAUUAUGUCACUGAGAUCUAGCUGAGGACUGAUACUGUUUUGCCAGAUUUGACCACACACAUCCCAUGCGUUUAGCUUUCCAAAUAUUUACGCAUGUAAUCUUUUUACUUUUAUCAACAUUUUGUGUACGCUGCAACCAACACUGUUCAUUCAGUUUUCUCAACAAGCAAGAAUCAAUCAAACAAGAUCCCUAACGGACUUAUUCAAAGAGUCGAUGAAGAAUUUUAAACACAUUAUUAUUCCUACAUAGCUAAAAUUAAUAAUGCAGCAUAUCUGCUCAAUCGCAUACGUUAGUCAUGGAUACACACAAUUAAAGCCCUGUGACCUGAUGACUUGUGUCUUUGUUACAUUGAAUAAUAA